AAGUCGCUGCCGCCGCCGUCGUCCCCACCCCGUCCCCGCCCGCCUGGGGCUGUCGGAGGUUGACAGGUCGUGGCUGGGAGGCGGCGGCGGCAGCACCUCCGAGCACCCAAGACGGAGGCCCCAUGGGGAACGCUCCGAGUAACAGCAGCGAAGACGAAGCGGCGGCUGCCGGGGCUGAGGGCUGGAGCCCACAUCAGGACUGGGCUGCCGACUCCGGCACGACCCCCGGUCCCGGCCCCGCGGCCGCGGCACUGCCUCCCGCCGCUGCACUACUGGAGCCCGCCCGGCUUCGAGAGGCUGCGGCUGCGUUGCGGCCCGCACCUCCCUGCGAAUCGCUGGUGUCGAGGCACCACGGCGCGCUGUUGCGCUGGCUGGAAGAGCGGCUGGGCCGCGGUGAAGAAUCUGUCACCCUGGAGCAGUUCCGGGAGUUGCUGGAAGCUCGCGGCGCUGGCUGUUCCGGCGAGCAGUUUGAAGAGGCCUUUGCCCAGUUUGAUGCUGAGGGUGAUGGGACAGUUGACGCUGAGAAUAUGUUGGAGGCCCUCAAGAACUCCAGUGGAGCCAAUCUGCAGGGGGAGCUGAGCCAUGUCAUCAGACAACUACAAGCCUGCUCUCUUGUUCCAGGUUUCAUCGACAUAUUUUCAGAGUCAAAGGAGGGCCUUGGCACUCACUCAUCAAUGAUAUUGCGCUUUCUGCAUCGCAAUCGGAUCUCUAGUAUGGUGAUUCCCUACCCAAUGUUAGACCACUGCAAUAACAUGUGCACCAUGCGGUCGUCAGUUCUGAAGGAGUCUCUGGAUCAACUGGUACAAAAAGAAAAAGAAAGCCCAGGAGACCUAGCCAGAAGCCCGGAAACGGAUAAACUCAAGUCGGUAACAAAGUGCUAUGCUUAUAUAGAAACAUCCUCCAACCCUGCAGACAUCUACAGGAUGACAAAUGGAGAAACAUCAUCCUACUGGCAGUCAGAUGGUAGUGCCCGCUCACACUGGAUACGUUUGAAGAUGAAGCCAGAUGUCGUGCUUAGGCAUCUUUCCAUUGCAGUGGCUGCCACUGACCAGAGCUACAUGCCACAGCAAGUGACAGUGGCUGUGGGAAGGAGUGCCAGUGAUCUGCAGGAAGUACGAGACGUGCACAUCCCCAGCAAUGUCACUGGCUACGUGACACUGCUAGAAAAUGCCAACAUCAGUCAGCUCUAUGUCCAGAUAAACAUAAAGCGUUGUCUUAGUGAUGGAUGUGACACUAGGAUUCAUGGUCUGAGGGCUGUUGGCUUUCAGAGAGUUAAGAAAUCUGGAGUCUCAGUCUCUGAUGCUUCUGCAAUAUGGUACUGGUCUCUGCUGACAUCCCUGGUGACAGCUUCUAUGGAGACAAAUCCUGCCUUCAUCCAGACCGUGCUGCACAAUACUCAAAAGGCACUGCAGCACAUGCCACCACUGUCCCUCUCACCAGGAUCUACAGACUUCUCAACUUUCCUGUCUCCCAAUGUUCUGGAAGAAGUGGACAGCUUCCUCGUAAGGAUAACUAGCUGCUGUUCUACUCCAGAGGUAGAAUUGACUCUUCUGGCUUUUGCACUAGCAAGAGGAAGUAUUGCCAAAGUGAUGAGCUCUCUGUGUACCAUCACUGACCACUUGGACACACGCUAUGAUGCCUCAUCUCUCAUCUCAUCCAUGACAUCUGUCAGGCAGAACCUGCUUCUGAAAUAUGGUAAACCUCUCCAGUUGACUCUUCAGGCUUGUGAUGUCAAAGGGAAAGAAGAUAAGUCAGGACCUGAAAACCUCCUCAUGGAGCCAUGGACAAGAGAUGGUUUUCUUACAGAGACUGGAAAAACCAGAGCAAGUACUAUUUUUUCUGCAGGAACUGAGUCUGCCUUCCAAGUCACACAGAUCAGAAUUAUGGUUCGCCGUGGUGGCAUCGGUGCCCAGUGUGGGCUAGUGUUUGCUUAUAACUCACCUUCUGAGAAGUUCCAUGCAGAAGAACACUUCAAAAGGUUUGAAAAAUAUGACAAAUGGAAGCUCCAGGAACUGAGACAGUUCGUGAAAAGCAGGAUUGGUUGCUCAUCUGAUGACCUUGGAGAGGAUGAUCCCAUUGGCUGGUUUGAGCUGGAAGAAGAGUGGGAUGAAGCUGAUGUCAAGUUGCAACAGUGCAGAGUUGCCAAAUACUUGAUGGUGAAGUUCCUCUGCACACGCCAGGAGUCAGCAGAACGUUUGGGCGUACAAGGCUUGAGUAUCAGCGGGUACCUCCGGCCUGCAAGGGCAGAAGCUGAACAAAGUAUCCUCUAUGCCCAUUGCAGAAAGGACACAGAGAAUAUCUAUGGGGCCACUCUGCUCCUCAGGACUCUGCAAUUCAUACAGCAACUCGCCCAAGACCUGGUGCAGCAGAAGGAAAGUGGCUUAAAAUAUAAGUCUUUCCUGGACUUCACGGGUCUUGAUUUGCAGAUCUUCUGGAAUUUUUACAGUAAAUUAAAGCAAAACCCAAGGGAAGAAUGCAUCUGUGCACAGACCCUGCUGCUGCAACUUCUUCAGAGCUGCUUCUCAGUGCUGCAGAGUGACCCACCAGCUGCCUCUGAGGAGGAGAAACCUGCAGCACAGUGCCCUGAAGGAAUGCAGGCUGCCAAGGAGCUCUAUACACACUUAUGUGAUGUGGUAGAUAGAGCUAAUGGAGAUUCUGUGCCCAUGGAGAUCCUAAAACAAGAAGUCAGGAACACCCUUCUCAAUGGGGCUGCCAUUUUCUUUCCUGAUCGACAGACCCGGCGGAACCAGCUCUUCACCAUGAUGAAGAAUGUCACUGAGCACGAACACAAGCAAUCUCUGCAACUCACUUUCCGUUCACUCUGCACAUAUUUUAGUGAUAAGGAUCCAGGAGGUCUUCUACUUUUACCUGAGAAAAGUGACCUGGCCAGCACAAACACCAAUGAAGUCCUGGCAGUCAUGAACACCCUCCUGUCUGUUGCUGCUCGAGAGUGUGAGUUGUUGAUGCUCAGCCGGGCCCAUGGGGAGGUUGGCUCUGUGCUCUUCUCCCUGUUCUGGUCUGUGCAAGGCAGCCUGCUCUCCUGGUGCUUCCUGCAGCUCAAGAGCACGGACACUGCAGCCAAAGAGCUCGCCACGGAUCUUAUUGAAAAAUAUGUGGGACAGUUUCUGGCAAGCACAAGAGUGAUUUUAGAAUCCCUUUUGUCACAGUAUAGUGGAAAAACCAUAGUAGAAAAAUUAUGUAAUUCAGUGUUUUCCAUGGCAGCUCGUCAAUUGGUCAUCUUCCUGCUAGACUUCUGCAAUUUAGAUGUUUCUCACUGCACACUCCUGAGAGAGUUCAGCACCCUCACAGAGCUGUUGAAGAAGCUUUGCAGUGACCCUGAAGGAGGCCUGAGCAAGCUGGACGUAGAGACCUGGCAGCAGGAACAGCCUGUGGUAUUGCAUACAUGGACCAAGGAAUCCACCCACAACUAUGAAAAUAACUGCCAUGAAGUGUCUGUCUUCGUUAGCCCAGGGGCAACUUAUUUUGAGGUGGAAUUUGAUGAGAGGUGUGAGACUGAAAAAAGGUACGAUUAUUUGGAAUUUACUGACUCUAGAGGUGGGAAGACACGCUAUGACACCAAAGUUGGCACUUAUAAAUGGCCCAAGAAAGUGACCUUUAAGGAUGGUCCUCGGCUGCAGUUCCUCUUUCAUUCUGACAGCAGUAACAAUGAGUGGGGAUACAAGUUCACUGUCACUGCAUAUGGCCUGCCUGAUGUUGCUGUGUCGUGGGGUUUGGAUUUGCAACUCCUUGUCUCCCGACUGAUGGGACGUCUUGCUUCCCAGUGCAUGGCGCUCAAGUCAGCGCAUUAUUUAGGCAGUAACAUGGCAGUAUCACAGGCAAAAUUGGCUUCAGUCCUGAAUUCUCCUUUAUGGAAACCUGUCUUCAGGCAUCAGAUUUCUCCAGAGUUAGAAUUAGAAGCAAACUGGCCCACUCAACAGCACCAGGAUGGGAAGGAGGUCAAGAACAUCCCUGAUGAUCCCUGCCGCCAUUUUCUCCUUGAUUUUGCCCAGUCAAAGCCUGCUCAGAACUUCUGUGGGCCAUAUUCAGAACUUUUCAAAGGAUUCAUACAGGCAUGUAGAAAACAGGCCCCAAAGACAGAUAUAGUUGCUGGUUCCACUAUUGAUCAAGCUGUGAACGCCACCUUUGCUGCUCUGGUGUAUCGCACUCCAGAUUUAUAUGAGAAGCUGCAAAAAUAUGUAAACAGCGGGGGCAAGAUAACCCUGAGUGAGGAAUUCUCUCAGGUGUAUUCCCUGGCAGAUGGGAUUCGAAUAUGGAUGUUAGAGAUGAAGCAGAAGUCCCUGGUGAGCCUGGGAAGUGAGGCAGAAGAAAAACGUGGUUUGGAAGCAGCAGAGAUGAACCCAGAGAGCCUGGCAAAAGAAUGUAUUCAGAAAAGUCUUUUAUUACUGAAAUUUUUGCCCACAAGCAAAAGUUCAAAAGAAAACUGUGACAAAUUGGUGCCUGUUGAUGAAGCUGAUCAUCUCCAGCCUCUUGACAGGCGCCAGAGGACAAGCUCUGUGGUGGAAGAGCAUUUCCAGGCUUCAGCAUCCCCUACAGAAGCAGCAGCCUCAACUACAGGUGGUGACAAGAGUCCUGGCUUGGAGACCCAGCCAAAGCUACCACCCAGCAGUGGCCCCUCUGCUACAGAAGUGUCCACAGCUGAAGAGCCCUCAUCGCCAUCCACACCCACCCGGCGGCCUGCCUUCACCCGAGGGCGACUGCGGCUGCUCUCUUUCAGAUCCAUGGAGGAGACCAGGCCAAUCCCCACAGUCAAAGAGAAAUACCCAGUGCUGAAGGAUGUCAUGGACUUCAUAAAAGAUCAGUCACUCUCACAUGAGAGUGUUGUGAAGGUUCUUUCUUUGCGGAAAGCCCAAGCACAGAGCAUCCUUGAAGUCCUGAGGAUAAUUCAGUAUUGUACAGAAUCCCUUGGGCAGCCUCACUGCUUCCAUCCACCGUAUAUACUUUUCCUACUGGAACUUCUGACCUGCCAGAAAGAUUUUACAAAUUACUUUGGACACUUGGAAGGCUGUGGUGCUGAUCUACACAAAGAAAUCCGAGACACCUACUAUCAACUUGUUCUGUUUUUGGUUAAAGCAAUUAAAGGAUUUAAUAGCAUCAAUGACAGGUCUCUGCUCCCUGCUUUAUCCUGUAUUCAGACAGCCCUGCUUCAUCUUUUGGAUAUGGGCUGGGAACCCAGUGAUCUUGCCUUCUUUGUUGACAUUCAGUUACCAGAUCUUCUCAUGAACAUGUCACAAGAAAAUAUCAGCGUCCAUGACAGUGUGAUCAGCCAGUGGAGUGAAGAAGAUGAGCUCGCUGAUGCCAAGCAGAACUCAGAGUGGAUGGAUGAGUGUCAGGAUGGCAUGUUUGAGGCCUGGUAUGAAAAAAUAGCUCAAGAGGAUCCAGAGAAGCAGAGGAAAAUGCACAUGUUUAUUGCUCGCUACUGUGACCUGUUAAAUGUGGACAUCUCUUGUGAUGGGUGUGAUGAGAUUGCCCCCUGGCAUCGCUACCGAUGUCUGCAAUGCAGUGACAUGGACCUUUGCAAGACUUGUUUCCUUGGUGGAGUGAAGCCUGAGGGCCAUGGAGAUGAUCAUGAAAUGGUCAACAUGGAGUUCACCUGUGACCACUGCCAGGGUUUGAUCAUAGGCCGGAGAAUGAAUUGCAAUGUGUGUGAUGACUUUGAUCUUUGCUAUGGAUGCUAUGCAGCAAAAAAAUACUCCUAUGGCCAUUUGCCAACCCACAGCAUCACAGCCCACCCAAUGGUGACCAUCCGGAUCAGUGACCGGCAGAGGCUCAUCCAGCCCUAUAUUCACAACUACUCCUGGUUGCUUUUUGCUGCCCUGGCUCUCUAUAGUGCCCACCUGACCAGCACAGAGCACGUGGAUGGGGAGCAGCUGGACCCCCGGGCCCGCAGUAACGCUGCCACCCUGCGGAGCCAGUGCAUGCAGCUAGUUGGAGACUGUCUGAUGAAGGCCCACCAGGGCAAAGGUCUUAAAGCUCUAGCUCUUCUUGGUGUAUUGCCAGAUGGUGACUCUACCUCAAAAAAUCAAGCCCUGCCAGGAACAAUGUCCAUCCAAACCUCAGAGGACCAACUAGAGAAGAAAAAAGUUCAGCUUGCUGAGGAGCCAGCAGAUGCGAGCCUGUUUGUGCCCUGCAGUGGAAAGAGAGCUGCAGAUAAAGAAGUCAGACCUUUGGAUUAUAAACAGAGGAAAACAGCAGGUGAAGGUCUCGCCUUAAUGAAGGACCCUUUGUACCAAACCCAAACUUCUGAUGUACCUGCAAAUGCUCACAUGUCUCCAGGACCUCCAGGUCAGGAUCAUAUGGCCAUUAACCCCACCUCCUCCUCUCCAAAUGCUGAACAUCCAGAAGUGUCAUCUCAGACAGCAGAAGAGAAGGCAGUUACUCCAAACCCUGAGCAAGUGUUUGCAGAGUGUUCCCAGAAGAGGAUUUUAGGAUUGCUAGCAGCCAUGUUACCUCCCAUCAAGUCGGGUCCCACAGUUCCCCUGAUAGACCUGGAACACGUCCUCCCACUCAUGUUUCAGGUUGUCAUCUCCAACGCAGGCCACCUGAAUGAAACCUACCACCUCACGCUGGGUCUUCUGGGCCAGUUAAUUGUCCGUCUUUUACCAGCAGAGGUGGACACUGCAGUCAUCAAGGUCCUUUCAGCCAAACACAACCUGUUAGCUGCAGCAGACAAUGGCGUUGUGCCAGAUGGCUGGAAGACCACCCACCUGCUCUUCAGCCUGGGCGCUGUCUGCCUGGACAGCCGAGUGGGUUUGGACUGGGCCUGCUCCAUGGCAGAGAUCCUUCGAUCACUCAACAAUGCCCCAUUGUGGCGAGAUGUCAUUGCUACCUUCACAGACCACUGCAUCAAGCAGCUUCCUUUCCAGCUGAAGCACACCAACAUCUUUACCCUGCUGGUGCUUGUCGGCUUCCCCCAGGUCCUCUGUGUGGGAACCCGCUGUGUUUAUAUGGAUAACGCCAAUGAACCCCAUAAUGUGAUCAUCUUGAAGCACUUCACUGAGAAGAAUAGAGCUGUGAUUGUCGAUGUGAAAACCAGGAAAAGGAAAACAGUGAAGGACUACCAACUGGUCCAGAAAGGAGGAGGACAAGAGUGUGGCACCUCUCAGGCCCAGCUGAGUCAGUACUCCCAACACUUUGCCUUUAUUGCCAGUCACCUUCUGCAAACCAGCAUGGACAGUCAUUGUCCUGAGGCAGUGGAAGCUACUUGGGUCCUAUCCUUGGCCCUCAAAGGUUUAUAUAAAACACUAAAGGCUCACGGUUUUGAGGAGACCCAUGCCACCUUCCUCCAGACUGACCUGCUGAAGCUGCUGGUGAAGAAAUGCAGCAAAGGAACCGGCUUCAGUAAGACCUGGCUCCUCCGUGACCUGGAGAUUCUGUCGAUCAUGCUGUACUCCUCAAAAAAGGAGAUCAACACUUUGACUGAACAUGGAGACCUGGAGCUGGAAGAGCGAGGGGACCAGGAGGAAGAAAUGGACCGGCCAGUUAGUAGCCCUGGAGAACCAGAACAAAAAAAGCUAGACCCUCUUGAAAGCUUGGAUGAACCCACCAGAAUAUGCUUCUUGAUGGCUCAUGAUGCCCUCAAUGCUCCUCUGCACAUUCUCCGGGCCAUAUAUGAGCUGCAGAUGAAAAAGACCGAUUCUUUCUUCCUAGAAGUUCAGAAGAGGUUUGAUGGAGAUGAGCUCACCACCGAUGAGAGAAUUCGCUCCCUGGCACAGAGGUGGCAGCCUAGUAGGAGUCUGAGACUGGAGGAACAGAGCGCCAAAGCUGUGGACACAGACAUGAUUAUCUUGCCAUGUUUGUCCCGGCCUGUGCAUACUGACCAAGCCACUGCUGAAUCGAACCCUGUGACCCAGAAGCUGAUUUCCAGCACAGAGAGUGAGCUGCAGCAGAGCUACGCCAAGCAGCGCCGGAGCAAGAGUGCUGCCCUCCUGCACAAGGAACUGAACUGCAAGAGCAAGAGGGCUCUCCGCGACUACCUCUUCCGUGUGAACGAGGCCACAGCAGUCCUUUAUGCUCGCCAUGUGCUUGCCUCCCUGCUGGCCGAGUGGCCAGGGCAUGUGCCAGUGAGUGAGGACAUCCUAGAGCUCAGUGGUCCUGCACAUAUGACCUACAUUUUGGAUAUGUUCAUGCAGCUGGAAGAAAAGCACCAGUGGGAGAAGAUCCUGCAGAAAGUGCUCCAGGGCUGCCGAGAGGGCAUGUUGGGGUCCAUGGCCCUGGCUGCAUGUCAGUUCAUGGAGGAACCAGGAAUGGAGGUGCAAGUGAGGGAGUCAAAACACCCAUAUAACAACAACACCAGCUUUGAGGAUAAAGUUCACAUUCCUGGUGCGAUCUACCUCUCAAUCAAAUUUGAUCCUCAGUGCAACACAGAGGAAGGCUGUGAUGAAUUAGCCAUGUCCAGCAGUAGUGACUUUCAGCAGGACCGACACAACUUCAGUGGCUCCCAACAGAAGUGGAAAGAUUUUGAGCUUCCAGGAGAUACUCUGUAUUAUCGAUUUACCUCUGACAUGAGCAACACCGAGUGGGGCUACCGAUUCACUGUGACAGCUGGACACCUGGGCCGUUUCCAGACAGGAUUUGAGAUCUUGAAGCAGAUGUUGUCCGAAGAAAGGGUUGUACCUCACCUCCCAUUGGCCAAGAUCUGGGAAUGGCUGGUGGGUGUGGCUUGCCGCCAGACUGGUCAUCAGCGACUGAAAGCCAUCCACUUACUGCUGAGGAUUGUGCAGUGCUGCACCCACAGUGACCUAUGUGACCUUGCACUGUUGAAGCCCCUGUGGCAGCUCUUUACCCACAUGGAGUAUGGCCUAUUUGAGGAUGUGACACAGCCUGGCAUCCUCCUACCCCUGCACCGCGCCCUCACCGAGCUCUUCUUUGUCACUGAGAACCGUGCCCAGGAGCUUGGCCUGCUGCAGGAGUACCUGCUGGCCUUAACCACUGAGGACCACCUUCUCCGAUGUGCAGCACAGGCUCUGCAAAACAUCGCUGCUAUCAGCCUGGCAAUCAACUACCCAAACAAGGCCACCCGCCUCUGGAAUGUUGAGUGUUAGCCUCACUGUGGCAUGCAUGGACUCAAUAAUUUAUCUACAGGGGUUACGGCAGACCUCCAACCUUGCUCAGGAAACCCCUGCAGCCUCUUCACCCAGCUCUCUUUGAGCCCACCCCUGCUCCCAUUUGGAUGCCAAGCAGCCGCCUCAUCAAGAAGGCCCACUAUGCAGGCUCCAUGUGUGCAAGAAGGCACAGCAGUGCUGAGUGGCUCAGAAAGGGCCAUCAAGAGGCUUUGGGAAAGUUACUCAGAGAAUAGAGACUAGUGUCCUUCAGAGCUGCCCCCGGGGAGUCACAGCACUGAGGACCUAGAAGUAAUCUCUGGAAGGAUUCUGUCUCCACUGAGCAGGAACUGCCCAGGCUUGCCAUCAGGGGAAGGUACCAUCCGUGCAGAGCCACCUUUGCAGUGAGACUUGCAGCUUGCAGCAGUAGUGGCCCACUUGGGAAACCAACCCACAACCAACACGAGCACCUCCCAGCCACCUCCAAUUCCCAAGCUGUCUUCAUGCCACAGGUCAGCUGGCUAACUCCCAGUGCCCUUGGGAUCAGCCAACAGGUCCUGCUUGUCAUCCAUGCAACAGCUCCCAGCACACAUGUCUGCGUUUCUUCACUUAUUUUAAUAUGGUUUUGUUUCCCCUCAUGCUUCUAGAAGAGAACCACACUGACUCCCUGAAAGAGCCCCUAGGGAAUGCCUAGGAACAAACUGGUGUGUGUUGAAGUGACAGAAAUAGAGGGACUCUCCAGCACCUACAGUGCCAACAGUGCCCUCAAAGGAGCCCUUGUUCAGGAGUCAGAACAUACCUGAUUAUGCUUCUGCUCCAAGGUCAUGGUGAUCAGCAUACCCACCACCUUGGUCCUCUUACCUUGCUAUUUGGCCAUCACCUGUCUAGCAAUAACUACAUUAGUUCUAGUGAAUGCUUUUGCAUUUUUCUAUGUAUGGCUUUAGCAUUGCCCUGAAGUGCUAAUGAUUUUCUUUCCAGAGCCACAGUGAGUGGGAAGCUGGGUUGGCAUCAGGCCAAGGACUUUCAGGAAGAAAAAAAUCCUGAGGCACCUCCUAUUGAAGGGCAGGUGUCUGGGCCAGAGCCAUGUCCCACCUCACAGGCCCAAUGCAAAAAUGCCUCCUCACAGCCAGCACCACCCUUGGCUAUCUUGUGUUGCUAUGGUGCAGUGUGCCCCUUGGCCUCUGAAGACCCCUCCGGGUGUGGACAAGGGACUGGAUUGGAAGAGGCUGAGCCUACAGGUCUGGAAGCAUCUUCUGCAAAGGUGCUUUGCCUUCUGUCACCACUACCUGCCUGGCCCUUGAAUUAGGUUCUCGGAUGGACCCCAGCCUACAGGAAAAAUGGCUACAGAGUGGUGGGGGGAUAGGUUGCAAAAACACAAGAACAAAUGGAGUGGUGACCCACGUUCUGCCCCUCACAUCAAAGGAAUCCUAGUCCAGUUCCCAUGAUGUGGGAUAGGGUGCCAGCCCAUGGGAACCUCUUUCUCAUCUUUUGCUCAUUGCCAAAGCACCUGGGCUUUGCAAGCUGCCUAGACCCCAGAGAAGGCCACUAUUGCAUGCCACUCCCUCCAAGUAGGUCUCUGGUGAGAGUCAGAACAAGUCUCAGUGCUCAGUGAAGAGGCCUCACCGUGACUCAGACCAGAUAGCAGUUAGAAGAUGGGGGAGGAGAUGGCACACUCACAACCCUCCACGCCUCAGACUGAGUAGAGGGAGCAGAUGGCCAGGGCAGGACAGGGCUGGAGGCCUCCCUCGGGACAGUGGCCCCAGCUCUUCUCCCACCCUUCCAUCAGGAAGAGCAAUUGUAAAUAAACACUGAACCCCAUAGCUUUUCUCCACUCACCGCUCUCUGUUUUCUCUCCCUCUGCUUCGUUUUGCCCUUCACACACCACAGCUGCUCUCUGACAGGGCCCCCCUGACCUAGUCACUGCAGCCCACUGCCUCCACUUCUCUAGGCCACUGGGUGGCACUGCUGAGCCAGGCCCAUCUCUCCUGAUCCCAACCUGGACAGGAGGUGCAAAGGAGUUCCAUCAAGGCCAAUGUCCCCUUGACCCUUCUUAGGGGGCAAGACUGCCUGGACUGAGACAAAACUGGCAGGAAUAAGGGGUCGUGGAAACAUGUGCCUAAUCUAUAAUCCAGAUCAUAUAUAUUGUACAGACACUGUUCUAAUGAGAGGAGUGACUUAUUUUCAUCAUCGUUUUUAAUUUGUUUUCUUACGGGUUUACGAUUUUGAAUUUUUAUUAUUUGGUUGAGAGAAAGAAUUUUGAUUAUAUCAGCUGAGUGAGUUCAGCCUGUAAAAAGAAUGUUUUAAGUUGUGGAUAAGAUAUGCAAAUGAAGAGAAAUAUAUUGUACAAAUUCUAUAUAAAAAAAGUACAACUCUA